GGCAGGCGGGCGAUGCGACGGUGAGAGGUGGGAGAGAAUAGGGGGAGGGACAGCGAAGUGCAAGGCCGUGCCCGUGGUCGUGAAGACUUCCCUACCUAGAGUACACGUAUGAGGUCUCACCCUCUCCCUCUCACAGACUCACACCCCGCAAACGCAAAGCAGCCAGCACGCGACACGCGACAUCACGCCCUGGCGCACGCAUUCUUGCACUCGAAGGAUUCGUAUCGCAUCAGCACGAGGUCAAGAUCAGAUCAGAUCACCAGGAUGUCAAGCCUCACGUCGGCGUCGCGUCGCAUGGAACGUUGGCGUUGCAAGCAGCCCUGCAGCGCGCCACAAACGCCCGCGGACCAAUCAGGGGCGCAGCAAUUUUUUUUCUUUUCGUUUUUCCCUCUUCCGCCGCCGCCGGCCCUUGUGCGCCUCCCGAGACGCGAGGCGGACGGGCCCGAUAGCGAUUUACCGCGUCGGGUGGGCGUGACCGCCUUGUUGGGGGGUGGGCGGGGAAACGCAGACGGACGACAGCCGAUUUCGGCGUGGGGGAUGGUUGCUGGGGUGCUGGGUAGGUACGAGUAUGGAAGAUGGAUUCCUUGGGCAGGUCGUGGGGUGGUGUAGUGGUGUAGGUGUUAGUGGGAGAAAUGCAAUUGACGGGCAGGAAGCCAGCCAGAAUCCAUUGGAGGUGGCGCUGCUCGUCUGCUUGCUGUCUACGUGCCCUACGUAGCUGUACCUGGUACCUGAAUCUACCGUUUCGCUGGCUACUCGUACGCGCGGACCGCAGAGCAUCCACGGUUAUCGUGGCGAGGCAAAAAAAUUAAAAGGGCCGGACACAUUGCAAUGACAACGCGUUUACGGGUUUCUAGAAGGGCGGGCCGGAAACGACUAGCACCGGCACUCCGAGGUCAGGCAGCGCGUCCCCACCAAAAC